ACAGGGUUGCACGACCAGUCUCGCUCGAUUUAAAACCAAGCAUUCGGCGUGUGCGCAGUUUAACGGGGCUUUGCCGAGGAAUUCCUCCGAAUCCAUUGGCGGCUCUGGGGGUCCGGCUUGCGACUUGUCUUGCUCAUAUUUGGAGAUGGCCGGAGCGGUGGAAUUUCCCAUAAUGCACCCGGCGCUCCCAAAGAAGUGCACACACAGAGCUACCGUUGUGUUUCCCGUUGCGUUGACAGCUAAUGAGGCCGAACGGAACCGCUCGCGUUACGUUUAUUUAUUUUAGUCUCUGCAUCGCUUCGCUGUCGCCCCAUAUUGCCACAGCCUGAGUGGCCAGUCAGGGUGCUGUGUGGGCGGGCCCCUCUGCAGCGAUGUCGGGGUUCAAUCUGCUCCACCUGGUGACUAAGAGCCAGCCUGCGGCACUGCGGCCCUGUGCCCUCCCCUCAGGAACGCGACAGAAGAAGAAGAACUGGCCGGUGAAGUUCGCCCCGGGGGACCUGAGGAAGCGCCUUACGCCCCUGCAGUACCAUGUGACCCAGGAGAGGGGCACCGAGAGUGCCUUCAGAGGGGAGUUCACCGAACACAAGUCCGAGGGGACGUACACCUGUGUGGUCUGCGGGGCGCCCCUGUUCAGGUCUGACACAAAGUUUGACUCUGGAUCAGGUUGGCCGUCCUUCUACGACCUGAUCAAAGCGGACUCGGUCGUCCUGACGGACGACUACUCCCACGGGAUUCACCGGGUGGAGACCACCUGCAGUCAGUGCGGGGCUCAUCUGGGACACCUGUUCGAGGACGGGCCCCGCCCCACCAGGAAACGCUACUGCAUCAACUCCGCCUCCAUGUCCUUCCAACCCAAAGACCAGGCCCCGCCCCAACCUCCCGCGGGGGCCGAGGGGGGGGCAGAGGCCCCUCCCGCCAGCAAGACUGAGCUAUGACUGUUACCGUGGCGACGCCCGGGCCCUGGAACCAGCCUCUGCCUUUCACCAAAUUACCCCGUCACAAAUACCCCAGUGUGUAAAUGCCCCGGCCAUUUCCCCCCUUUUACCCUGUAACGCCACGAGAGUCUGGAGCAGGUACCGCAGCCGAACUGCCCCAGACGAUCUUUCUGCCCCAGAGUCCAGAUACCCCUGCUUGGGGCAGGAUCGAGAGCAGAAGCUGGAAGCAUAUGCUGGCAGUAUUUCUGUGUGAGCGUAAAUAAAUUACAACUGGUCUGGGUGAUAUAUGCAAAAACACUGUAUUAUUCCUUUUUUUUGUUGCAACAAAAAAAAUAUAUAGAUAUAGAUAUAUAUAUAUAGAUAUAUUUAUAACAGAGCUCUAUGUUGAGGGUGGAAAAGAAAUAUAUAUUCUUUUUUGGCACAAUGUGUUAUUUUUGAAGUGAUAUUUGAUACUGAGAGUUUGAUGGUUUGGGUAAAACGCUAUGCAAGUGCUUCAUAAAAUAAGCACCGGGCCAAGAACAAAGCAUUCUUUCAAAUAAAAUGGAACAGAUGAUAAAUGUUUAGUCUGAACACGAAUGGAUCCUGGCUUUUAAGGGUGCUUUUUUUUCCUGCCCUUCUCGACUCGGUGCCUCUCGUACUGAAUUUAUAAUAUUACGUGUUUUGAUUCACUGAGAGUGUUGAGAAAAGAGUUAUGAUUAAAUAAAGCUUGCAAGGCUUA